CGCACAGGGUAGGGGCGGGACGGCGCCCCCUGCGGCCGGGCCGCGGGCUCGGUGCGGGGUGAGGGGUGCGGGAGAGUGGGCGGCAGGCUGGGCCGGCGUGGCCCCAUGCUGCUGCCGCUGGCCUGCCUGCAUGGGCGGGUGGCACAGUGCCUAACCUCCCUGCUGGUGCUCGCAGAGCCACUGCCCAGGCCCCGGCGCGGUGCAAAGACGCGCAGCGCAGCGCCGACCAGUGUGGAGGUGGCCCCGGCUGGAACGAAGAUGGCCUCAGAACUGUACCCGCCCGCCGGCGCCUCUGCAGCUACUGCCACCGACAUUGCCAACAGCAACGCGGCGGGCGCGGCCGUGGACAGAAAGGUCAGCCUUUGCUGCCCGCCCCGCCUGGCGCCCGCCCCACUGCCGCCCUUGCCCGCGCCGCCCGCGCCAGACAACAACAAUCCCGAGAGCCCCAACUGGCAGUCCUUCCACCCGACGCUGCGAGAGAGGAAUGCGCUCAUGUUCAACAACGAGCUGAUGGCUGACGUCCACUUCAUCGUGGGGGCCUUAGGGGCAGCCAGGCGCGUGCCCGCCCACAAGUACGUCUUGGCUGUCGGCAGCUCUGUCUUCUAUGCCAUGUUCUAUGGGGACCUUGCGGAAGUCAAAUCAGAAAUCCACAUUCCUGACGUCGAGCCUGCUGCCUUCCUGGUCUUGUUAAAGUACAUGUACAGUGAUGAGAUUGAUCUGGAGGCGGACACAGUGCUCGCCACUCUGUAUGCUGCUAAGAAGUACAUUGUACCUGCAUUAGCCAAGGCCUGUGUCAACUUUCUGGAGACAAGCCUGGAAGCCAAAAAUGCCUGUGUCCUGCUAUCCCAGAGCCGACUGUUUGAGGAGCCUGAACUGACCCAGCGCUGCUGGGAAGUCAUUGACGCACAGGCUGAGAUGGCUUUGAAGUCUGAAGGCUUCUGUGAAAUUGACCGGCAGACCCUGGAGAUCAUUGUGACCAGGGAGGCCCUCAACACCAAAGAGGCUGUGGUCUUCGAGGCGGUCCUGAACUGGGCUGAGGCAGAGUGCAAGAGACAGGGCCUCCCAGUCACCCCUCACAACAAGAGGCAUGUUUUGGGAAGAGCCCUCUAUCUAGUCCGAAUUCCAACUAUGACUCUAGAGGAGUUUGCCAACGGUGCUGCCCAGUCAGAUAUCCUGACCUUAGAGGAGACCCACAAUAUCUUCCUUUGGUACACGGCUGCCAACAAGCCAAUCCUCGACUUUCCCCUGACCAAAAGGAAGGGCCUUGCUCCACAGAGGUGUCACCGCUUCCAGUCUUCUGCCUACCGAAGCAACCAGUGGAGAUAUCGUGGGCGCUGUGACAGCAUCCAGUUUGCAGUGGACAGAAGGGUGUUCAUUGCCGGACUGGGCUUAUAUGGGUCCAGUUCUGGGAAGGCUGAGUACAGUGUGAAGAUUGAACUCAAACGGCUAGGGAUGGUCCUAGCUCAGAAUCUCACCAAGUUUGUUUCAGAUGGAUCCAGCAACACAUUCUCAGUCUGGUUUGAGCAUCCAGUCCAGGUGGAGCAGGACACCUUCUACACUGCCAGUGCUGUCCUGGAUGGCAGUGAGCUCAGCUACUUUGGGCAGGAAGGAAUGACAGAAGUACAGUGUGGAAAGGUAGCCUUCCAGUUCCAGUGCUCCUCGGACAGUACCAAUGGGACUGGAGUCCAGGGUGGACAGAUUCCAGAGCUCAUCUUCUAUGCCUGAGGUGUAGGGGUUGGGGUGGACUUGCCAUUAGGCUCUUCCUCCAUGGAGUCUACCCAGUAAGUGCAGUGGAGGUGCAGGACACUGCCUACUGCCUUACUGAUACCAUUAAAGGUUUGGCUUACCAUA